AUGUUGUCUUCAUCGUCACUUCUAUUACUGCUUCUUGUGCUGCCAUGUUGUUCCGGCUUUCUGCAACACGCGCCUUUGCCAUCCCACACCGGUAGCACCCAACUGUGUCAAUCAUCCGAGAGCAAACAGCAGCCCUUUUUUGUGUCUGGACCUGACGCCGAUAGCAAGCCCGAUUACGAGAACAUUCAUGGUCCCAUGGGCAAGGCUGUGGACGAUAUCUUUCUCUCCAUGUUUCGAACAAAACUUGCCGAGCAAGUAGGAGUGGAUAGUGACAAGGACAAAACCGACUACGGAGCACUCAUGGAUCUGGCCAAAGCCAUGAAUGCACGCUUUUCCGAUCGCACCGAGAUACAUCAGCGGGCACAAAAGACACUCAGCGAAUUGUUUCCCUCAUGGAUGCCACCCUCGUAUGCCGAACUUUUCUCCAAACCAUUUCCCGGGUUUUCGUCACGCAUGAAUGCUUGGGCCACAAAAAUGGCUGGGACAUGGCUAAUGGGCGAAUGUGAAAUCAAUGACGUCGAGUUGGGACACGACAGUGAGGGCAACACGAUGAUUGGCAAAGAUCAAGGACUCUUGGUCAAGCGAUGUCGAUUCCUGGAGGAAUCCCAAUGCGCAUCGAUUUGUGUCAAUAGUUGCAAAAUACCCACACAAAACUUUUUCAUACACGAAAUGGGACUACCGCUCACCAUGACACCGGAUUAUGACACUUUUGAAUGUCAAUUUGCCUUUGGAAAAAUGCCGGAUGAUGCCACGGAACAGUUGGCUAGGAGCACACCCUGUCUCUCGCAGUGUCCCAGUAGAGGUGGUCUACGUGAGUGGCAUACAUCCUCAUCAUCCGAAAGUAGCCAAGCCACAACAAUCCACAGCCCUGGUGAUGACAUAGACAGUAUUGGUGAUCAUCAGCAGCAACAACAAUGCCAACUCAUGGAAAAUUAG